AUGAGAAUGCAUACGAAAUAUUACCGCUUUCCCAAAGUUGCUGAAUGGAUGGUGAAUCGCGGUACUGAAGCUGAAUCCAAUAUCAUAACGGUUUAUGAUUAUGGGGAUAUUUACCGUUCCUGUAAUACUAGCAAUUCUAUCGGAACUGUUGCUAAUUUGACUUGUGAGAAUUUACUUCAAAAUGAACAUCGAUUAGGACCAACCACAACUGUAGUUUCUCACGAUAAGCUUGUAAUCAUUGGCUUAGCUAAUGGUAUUGGAGUUCUGGGAAUAAUAGACAUUGCUUUAGCAGCCUUCUUUAUUCGAAAAUGGCGAAGGAGGAAUAUUUUGCCCGAUAUCAAUAGCACUUCUUCCGUUAGUGAUACUUCUUAG